AUGGAGCCUGAUUCUUCGCAGACUGCAAAUCAGAUGCAAACUGAUUCUUUGUCUCCAUCUCCUAAGACUGUGUCACCAGUGCCUUUAAAUAACCCUACAAGUGCCCCAAGAUUUGGAACAGUCAUCCCCAAUCGCAUCUUUGUUGGAGGAAUUGAUUUUAAGACUAAUGAGAAUGACCUAAGGAAAUUUUUUUCCCAGUACGGCUGUGUAAAAGAAGUAAAAAUAGUAAAUGACAGAGCUGGAGUAUCAAAGGGGUAUGGGUUUGUCACAUUUGAAACUCAGGAAGAUGCACAAAAAAUUUUACAAGAGGCUGAAAAAUUAAAUUAUAAAGAUAAGAAACUGAACAUUGGUCCAGCAAUAAGAAAACAACAAGUAGGGAUUCCUCGAUCCAGUAUAAUGCCAGCAGCUGGAACAAUGUACUUGACUACUUCAACUGGAUAUCCAUACACAUACCAUAAUGGAGUAGCUUAUUUUCAUACUCCUGAAGUUACUUCUGUUCCACAGCCAUGGCCUUCACGUUCCAUUUCUAGUUCUCCUGUGAUGGUAGCUCAGCCAAUUUAUCAACAACCAACAUAUCACUAUCAGGCUCCAACACAGUGUCUUCCUGGACAAUGGCAAUGGAGUAUUCCCCAGUCGCCCGCUUCUCCCACUUCGUUCUUUUACCUUCAUCCUUCUGAAAUUACUUAUCAACCAUUGGAAAUUGCACAGGAUGGUGGAUGUGUCCCUCCUCCUCUUUCCCUAAUGGAAGCUGCAGUUCCAGAGCCAUAUACUGAUCAUGGAGUUCAAGCGGCGUAUCACCAAGUUUAUGCUCCAAGUGCCAUAGCCGUGCCAGCCCCUGUGAUGCAACCAGAGACUGUUAAAGAAGCUAGGAUACAUUCUGUCAGAAGAAAUUUUUCUCAUCCUUCAUCUAUGAGCUUGAAGCCUCGAUAUGCACGAACUCCUCAUUUUCACCCUAGAAAAGAUUACAGAUCAGAUGACACUAUGCUCAGUACCUCUUCUUCUACAGACUCUGUUAAAUAAAAUGUUAGGUAUCUACCAAAUAUGUUAACUCUUAAAGGUAUGUAAUUUUGUAGCAUCUUAUAUUUGCUGAAUACAAAAUUCCUCACUUUUGUAAGGGUACUAAAAAAACCCUUGCUCUUAUGAACAUAAAGUUAGUAAACAUAAACUGCAGGAUAAAAAUCAUGGUUACUGUUAUCAAUUGGUAUACUAUGGUGACACAGACCAGUAAUUUGUAAUAUGCAGACUGUGCAUAUAUUGCUUAUUUUAAACAAUAAAUUUUAAAACCUGCAUCUUUGUAUUAUAAGACAAGCCUAGCAUUCAUCUUCAUCUGAUAAAUUACAAGGGUGAUCUAUUAAAACAGCAAA